ACCGUGCUUCCUCUGAAGCCGCAAGAAGUACAUCCUUUGCUUGACUUUUUUGAGGAUGGAGUUGAUGUUCGUCUGCCUCUUCAGGUCCUUUGAGACCGGAAUUCCCAAGAACUUGAAGGUCUCGACAGUUGCCACAAGACUCAUCACUGUUAAACAGAUUUUAUUUUUAGUUCACUUCAUCACAAAUAAAACGCAGUACGUUUUUCUCCACAAAAGAAUGGAAAUGACCUACUAUGAUGAUUAUUUUUUUUCUUAUUGUAGAUCACUUGCUUUCUAAUUUGUCAGAUAAAAACUAAUCCAUUCGACGUUGUCCAUGCCCAUUUUCCAAGCCGCUUAUCCUCACAAGGGCCGUGGGAGUGCUGGAGCUCAUCUCAAGUAGCUUCAGGCGAAAGCCAGACUACACCUUGUAUUUUGAUUCGACUUAAUCAUUCAGCUACGCAAAAAUUAAUAACCCCUUUUAACCAAACUCACUUCUACUUCUUUCUGUAUUAUAUCUGGAAAAUACUUCAACUGAGAAAUUGCCUGUCGCAACCUUGCACUCAUCAUUGCUUAUACACGCCUGAUGAAAAGUCUGCCACUGGUACCUCCCACUACUAUACACAGAGUUUAUAAAGCUCCUGGGACUGGUUUUCUCUUGUUGAAAGAAGACCAGUCCUUCCCUGAUUAAUAUUCCUCAUCAUCCUGGAAUAACGAUGGUGAAAUAUGAGGUAACCGUCUACACUGGUGACCGUGUCAACGCCACCACGUUGAACAGCGUGCACAUUAAGCUGGUGGGAACAGAUGGCGAGAGUGACCGCACGCGCCUGAGGUCUUUCGUCAUCUUCAGAGGAUCAGUGUCUACUUGGACGGUUUCCUGCCCAAACUCUCUUGGGGAGUUGGUUCUGAUAGAACUAGACAAAAAAGAUGUCUUGCCUUUGCCCGAUGACGAUUGGUUCCCUAACAAGGUGGAAGUCAAAUCCCCCGAGCGAGACGUUUACACCUUUCCCAUCUACUCCUGGAUCAGUGAAAGGAAGACUCACCGCUAUAUGGAGGGCAAAGGUAGCUUGAUUUGUGUCUUUGAUGAAACCAACUCACUUGGUCAGUAUGCGAGGGAGCAGGAGCUGAGUCAACGAAGCAAAGACUACGAAUGGGAAUUGUAUCAUCCAGGUUUGCCCUACACCAUGAAGUCAGAUGGUCCUUUGAGCUUGCCGGAUGAGGUCAAGUUCUCCUUCACCAAGGCUGCACAGUUUGCAUUUACAGCAGCUGUCGGUUUGGCUAAGCUCAAGCUAAAAGGGUUGGCUCACAACCAGGAAAACUGGGAAAAUCUUGACAAAAUCAAUGACGUUCUCCAGAACAAAGACACCCCCUUAUCAGAUUAUGUCCAGGAGCACUGGACGGAAGAUGGAUUUUUUGCAUACCAGUUUCUAAAUGGAGUCAAUCCCACCUUGAUUCGACGUUGCAAAACUCUACCUGAAAAUUUCCCUGUGACCUAUGAAAUGGUCUCCAUUCCGAAUGGAUCAAGCUUGUCGAAGGAGUUGAAGGAAGGCAACAUAUACCUGUGCGACUACAAGAACCUGGACAGCACGCCGGCCAAUACCAUUGAAGGGAUGCAGCAGUUCUUGACGGCGCCCCUUGUCUUGCUUCAUAAAAGACCAGACGACAAGCUGAUGCCGAUCGCCAUCCAGCUGAAGCAGAAUCCGGCUGAGGACAACCCGAUCUUCCUCCCAUCUGACUCCCCACAUGACUGGCUGACAGCUAAGAUUUUUGUGAGAAGUGCCGAUUUUGCAGAGCACCAAAUCAAUGCGCACUUACUGCGCACUCACCUGCUGGCGGAGGUUUUUGCGGUGUCACUGCUGCGCAAUCUGCCAAUGGUGCAUCCCCUGUACAAGCUCCUCAUACCCCACACUCGCUACACUCUGCAGAUCAAUGAAUUAGCUCGGACACAGUUAAUAGGACCAACUGGAGUCUUCACCCUGUUUGCAGCUUCUGGUGGAGAGGCUUUGACGAAGAUCUUGGCGAGAUCGCUGUCCUCAAUCACCUUCAGGUCCCUUUGCAUCGCUGAUGACAUUGUCGAUCGCGACUUGCAGGAUGUCCCCAACUUCUACUACAGAGAUGAUGGACUCCAACUUUGGAACAUUAUGUCUAAAUUUGUGCAGGGAGUAAUACGGUACUACUACAAGAGCGAUGAUGAGAUCCAGCGAGACUCAGAACUGCAGACUUGGAUUAAGGACAUUUUGGAAUAUGGAUUUCUUUCCCAGCCACAAACAGGAAUCCCUCAGAGUUUCACCAUUGUGCCUGAGCUUGUCAAGUUUGUCACCAUGGUGAUGUUUACUUGUUCAUGCCAACAUGCAGCUGUAAACAACGGACAGUACGACUACGGUGGCUGGAUGCCCAACACCCCGGCAACCCUGCAGCGUCGUCCACCAACAGAAAAAGGGACAACAAGCGAGGCCACAGUGCUGGAGACCCUGCCCCCUAUCAAUGUGACAGUUCAGGGAAUUGCCACAGUCUGGCUACUCAGCAAGGAGUCAUCAGACUUUAUCCCUCUCGGACACUACCCAGAAGACCAUUACACUGAAGAGACUCCCCGCCAACUGCAAAGGGACUUUCAAGCCAAGCUUGACGUGUUAUCGAACGCGAUUAACAACAGAAACGAAGGUCUGGAAAUCCCGUACACUUAUCUUGAUCCAAAGAAGGUCGAGAACAGUGUGGCCAUCUAAACAAUCAAAAUGGAAGAUACCAUGUUUGUUUUUAAGUGCAUACAAGUAUGAAUUCAUUGUGUUCUUGAACAGGGUUAGUGUGUUAGUUAGAACGUUCAAAGGUUGACUUUCAAGUUUUACAAUUUUAUCAAAUUUCCCCGGCAAACUAAGAAAAACUGACUUGAUGAAUUCCUGGCCAAGCAGUCCAUGCCAACAUCAAACCUGCGUUAACUGUACAGGCACCGUUUUGCGUAACAUUACAAGUGUGGUAAUUCGCACACAAGUGUAGAGAGAUAUUAAUAAAACAAAAAGAGUUUUAGUGUGCCCCGAUUUACUGAGGUGACAUUUGUUAGUUCGAGGCCUAUUCAUGCCGAAAUGUUUUAACUUCAAACUGCCUUUGACUCGCGCAGCCUUUUCACCAUUGUGGAUAAGAUGAGUCGGGAAUAGAUGGAUACCCUUGUGACCCCGGCGGGGUUGAAAAGGUGAAAGUGUCUUCGCGGAAUAUCUUUGACUUCCAUCCUGCACUGCGCUGACUUGAAUAUGGAAAUGUGCGAAGCGCAAUUUAAACGAUGUAUGCAUGA